AUGUCACGCCUCCUCCGACCUGCCGCCCGUCUGGCGACCCAGGCUGCUCGUGCCCCCGUCGUUCCCAGCGGCUCCGCCAGCGCCGCCCUCGCCCAGUACACCCGCGCCGUCCACCGCCCUGUCUACUUUGGUGCAAACCACACUACUCGAUCCUACGCCGACGGCAACGGCGUCAAAGAGUACACUGUUCGCGACGCCCUGAACGAGGCUCUGGCCGAAGAGCUAGAGUCCAACCCCAAGACCUUUAUCCUCGGUGAGGAGGUUGCCCAGUACAACGGUGCCUAUAAGGUCACCAAGGGUCUUCUCGACCGCUUCGGCGACAAGCGUGUCAUUGACACCCCCAUCACCGAGAGCGGCUUCUGCGGUCUGGCUGUUGGUGCUGCCCUCAGUGGUCUGCACCCUAUUUGCGAGUUCAUGACCUUCAACUUUGCUAUGCAAGCCAUCGAUCAAAUUGUCAACUCAGCCGCCAAGACCCUCUACAUGUCCGGUGGUAUUCAGCCCUGCAAUAUUACCUUCCGCGGUCCCAAUGGCUUCGCUGCUGGUGUCGGGGCCCAGCACUCUCAGGACUACUCUGCCUGGUACGGUUCCAUCCCUGGUCUAAAGGUCGUCACACCUUGGAGCGCCGAAGACGCCAAGGGUCUCCUCAAAGCUGCUAUUCGCGACCCCAACCCUGUCGUCUUUCUCGAGAACGAGCUCAUGUAUGGCCAAACCUUCCCCAUGUCCGAGGCGGCCCAAAAGGACGACUUUGUCAUUCCCUUUGGCAAGGCCAAGAUUGAGCGCUCCGGCAAGGAUCUGACUAUUGUCACCCUUUCCCGCUGCGUCGGCCAGUCCCUCGUCGCAGCCGAGAACCUCAAGAAGAACUAUGGCGUCGAGGCUGAGGUCAUCAACCUGCGUUCCGUCAAGCCCCUCGACGUCGAGACCAUCAUCAACUCGGUUAAGAAGACCCGCCGUCUCUUGUCUGUCGAGUCUGGCUUCCCUGCUUUUGGUGUUGGCGCUGAGAUUCUGGCGCUGACCAUGGAGUACGCCUUCGACUACCUUGACGGCCCUGCCCAGCGUGUCACUGGCGCCGAGGUACCCACACCCUAUGCCCAGAAGCUUGAGGAGAUGAGCUUCCCCAACGAGAAGCUGAUUGAGGACUGGGCUGCCAAGAUGCUCAAGGUCUAA